AUGAUUUGCUCCGUGACGCAAUACUCACCCACUAUAGAUACUCACUGCGCCUCUGAGAGAACAGCAUGUACUGCUUUACCCAUUAUGAGCCAGAAAACAAGAUGCGUAUCAGACAGUGAAAAUUCAUCAUCAGUCGAAAGAAGGGCAUGCCGUAUAUGUCAGUCAGAAAGCGGUGAAAUGGUGCGACCGUGCGCCUGUGCCGGAACGAUGGGAGACAUUCAUGAAAGGUGCUUGUCCCGGUGGGUGGCGAUGUCUAAUAAGGACCAAUGCGAAAUCUGCCAGGAAAAAUACGCUCGAAGUGGUCGGACAUUGAAGGCGCUUAAAGAAUGGGAAAGGCCUCAUAUUGGAUCCGAGGCAACGCUUCAUUUCAUUAAUACAUCUUACCAUUUACUUCUUAUUGUAGGAGAUCCUCUCAUUAGUACUAAUAGCGGCAUUAACGUAUUCUCUAAUCUACUUGGUGAAUCUGUGUGA